GUUUCAGUUGGCGCCACCGUCACUGUUCACUGAGGACUAUCAGGUGUAUGACCGUAGAACAGGCUGUGUGACUUAUAUUUUUGUUAAUUUGUCAUAUUACAGCCAAAUUACCUUUCUGUUAAGAUGAUGAAACUAACGGAAGGCGCCAUUGAGGCUUUAUCUAAUGGCAACGGUGGCAAUGAGGCAGUGCUUCAGCUCGUGAACAUUCGUAAGAUAGAUGGAGGAAAUGGUCCGGCUCGCUUUAGGGUGAUGAUGAGUGAUGGACGCCACACUAUGACCUCCUUCAUGCUUUGCACCCAGCUGAACUACAUGGCUGAGGAGAACACACUGGCUCCAAACUGCAUCUGCCUUCUCAAGAGGCAUGUGACUAAUAUACUGAAAGAUGGAAGGCGUGUAGUAAUCAUUUUGGAAAUUGAUGUCCUCAAGCCUGCUUCAGAGGUUGCUGGGAAAAUUGGAGACCCAACCCCUUACACUGAAGGUCAGGCCAAAGGUACGCAGCCAGCCCCAAACCCUGUAAACCGCCCUCCAUUGAUGCCACAAAAUGGAAAUGAAGUAGUGAACAGAGGUUUCAGUCGGGACUUUGGGAAAAAGGCGUCAUCUGCUAUGCCCAGUACACCAGGGGGUGGCUCAAAAAUUGUUCCUAUUGCCAGCCUCAACCCAUACCAGUCUAAGUGGACGAUCCGUGCUCGUGUAACCAACAAAAGCAGCAUUCGAACAUGGAGCAAUUCUCGUGGCGACGGCAAACUAUUUUCCAUGGAGAUUGUAGAUGAGAGUGGGGAAAUAAGAGUGACUGGAUUCAACCAAGAGGUGGACAAGUUCUUUAGCCUUAUUGAGGUUGGCAAGGUCUACUAUGUGUCUAAGGGCUCUUUGAAGAUCGCCAAUAAGCAGUACACUUCUGUGAAGAAUGAUUAUGAGAUGACACUCAAUGGGGAGUCCACUAUCCUCCCCUGUGAGGACAGCUCUGAUGUUCCCAUGGUGCAGUGUGACUUUGUCUCCAUUGGCGACCUGGAGGUCAAAGACAAAGAUUCCAUUGUGGACGUGAUUGGAGUGUGUAAGAGUGUGGAUGAGGUGACCCGCCUCACAACCAAGACAAACCGUGAAGUGUCCAAGAGGACGCUCAACCUGAUGGACAUGUCUGGGAAGAUGGUGACAGUCACACUAUGGGGAGAAGAAGCAGAAAAAUUUGAUGGUUCAGGACAGCCCAUUGUGGCCAUUAAAGGAGCAAAGCUGUCAGAUUUCGGAGGCAGGUCCCUCUCUGCAUCCUUUAGCAGCACCUUGAUGAUCAACCCAGACAUCCCUGAGGCAUACAAGCUCAGAGGCUGGUAUGACAAGGAGGGCCAUGCCAUGGAUGGACAGUCUCUGACAGAAGUUAAAGGUGGGAGUGGGGGAGGACUUACGAACUGGAAGUCUAUCUCGGAUGUUAAGACCGAGCACCUGGGACAUGGAGACAAGGGCGACUACUAUACCUGCAUCGCCACCAUAGUCUACCUGCGCAAGGAGAACUGCCUUUACCAAGCCUGCCCAAGCCAAGACUGCAAUAAAAAAGUGGUAGACCAGCAGAAUGGCAUGUUCCGUUGUGAAAAGUGUGACAAAGAGUUCCCCAACUUCAAGUACCGCCUCAUUCUUUCUGCCAACAUUGCAGAUUACGGGGACAACCAGUGGGUGACUUGCUUCCAGGAGAGCGCCGAGGCCAUUCUGGGCCAGAAUGCAGCUUACCUGGGGCAGCUCAAGGACUCGAAUGAAGCUGCCUUUGACGAAGUAUUUCAACAGGCCAACUUCAACACCUUUGUCUUCCGCAACAGAGUGAAGUUAGAAACGUAUAAUGAUGAAUCCAGGAUCAAGGCUACUGUGAUGGAUGUGAAGCCCGUUGACCAUAAGGAAUACAGCAAGAGGCUGAUCAUGAGCAUAAGGAAACUGGCCAGCCAGUAGAGAAUGGAUACCUCUGUCAUGGUUCUACCUGGAUUUGCAAGGUUUUUCUGUUUUGCCAAUAAAUGAAUAUUAAAGUGUUUCAUAUGUGUACUUACAAAUCACGGGUUCAGUUCUUUGUUAUUUUACAUCUCUUUGGAUGGAGUAGGUUUUUUAUUUAUCGUUUAUGUAAUAAUGAUUUUGUGAUUGAGAUGGUAACAGUCAUAACAAAGCUGAUUUCAGUUCAUAAUAAAAUAGAGAAUGGGUCAGUAAGCCACAAACAAAAUCAGCACUGUCUUAUGUCAGCCAGUGUUUCCUGCUUGUACAGUACUGUGGUCACGUGGGUGCGGUGGCUUCUUUAAGCAGGCAACCAACACAGUAGCUAGCACUCUUUUCACCCUCUGAAGCACACUCAGAAUGGCUGGGCUGGACCUGCACUUUCCUGAUAAGACAGUUUACUCUCCCACUCUUAUUUUGCUUCUUUUCACAUAUUUGCAAACAUAAGCACAUAUACACAGAACAGACUUAAUGGGAAAUGGACUGCAUUCUAUUUAAGUAGAUUUAAGCUGUUGUCUGUAUUUUUGACGACUGUAAUUUGUGUUCAUUAGUUAUGUCUCUUUUUUUCCAACAAGUCAAUAAAGUUGUUUGUAAUGAAACCU